AUGCAGUCUCUCCUGUUGUCGGCAACAUUUUACGGUGGAUUGGUGACUAUCAGCUUCGCCGGUGUCUUGGCAGACAGAUAUGGCCCGAAAACAAUUGUAAUAGGUAAGGAUAAGCAAAGAUGUUCUUCGUUAUCCAGAACGAAUUUUACAGCAUUGACCAUAGACUACAUUGUUGUCACAUUGCUGACGCCAUUUCUUGCUCGUCAUUCCUAUGUUGCGUACUUCAUUUCUCGAGUCAUUAUGGGUGUCGGAGAGGGUUUCGUUUUUCCCUGUUUUGCAAGCCUUAUUGGGAAAUGGUAUGCUCCAGCAGAGAAAUCAACAGUUGCAGCGAUGUACACUUCGGGAAAUCAGGUGAGGCUCUUCAACAUCCUCGUAAUGCACUUCAAUGUUCCAAGAAGGUUGGCGGCUGGAUUCUCCUCAUUGUUUUCUUCUUAUCUUUGUACUUUACCACCUGGAUGGCCAAUCAUAUUCUACUUAUUUGGUGCAGUUGGCUGUCUUUGGUUGGUGUUAUGGAUGGUCUUCGUCACAAAUUCUCCUACAACUAAUCGAUUCAUAACUAUGGAGGAGAGAGAAUAUUUGGUGGAUAAUAUCAAACAUACGCAUUCUGCGGUGGGUUCCUUGAAUCAAGACCGAAUCUCUAAGGCAGAGAUGGUUCGAGCUCAGACUUCUAGAAGUAAGGACAUCAAUUAUAUACUUCCCCGACGAGAAUUUUUUUACGAAGCUUUGAAUUUUUUAGCAAAAAUUUAUUUAGAUCACCUACAAGUAUAAAA